AACAAACCCUAACUUUACCCAUAUAAAUUCUUGCACACAAGUUUACUUUUUCUUUUUCUUUGCUUUCUUCUGUAUUUGCCGCCGCUUCUCUGCUCUCCAGCUCCGGUCAAUCCGUACAGGUAAGUCAAAAAGUUGUGAAAGAUGGGUCGUGUUCGUACCAAAACGGUUAAGAAGUCUUCACGUCAGGUGAUUGAGAAGUACUACUCACGGAUGACACUAGACUUCCACACCAACAAGAAGAUCUUGGAAGAAGUUGCAAUCAUCCCAUCGAAAAGGCUACGCAACAAGAUUGCUGGAUUCUCCACUCACUUGAUGAAACGUAUCCAAAAGGGUCCAGUCCGUGGAAUCUCCCUCAAGCUACAAGAGGAAGAGCGUGAAAGGCGAAUGGACUUUGUUCCCGAUGAGUCAGCCAUUAAAAUCGAUGAUGUUAAGGUGGACAAAGAGACACUAGAGAUGCUUGCUUCUUUGGGAAUGUCUGAUAUUGCUGGGAUUUCUCAAGUGGAGACACAACAAGCUAUGGCACCUGCUGUGUUUGGACGUCCCGCAGGAAGAUACCAACGCUAAGUUUAUUGGGUUUCAAUCAAAGAUUUCGGAGACGAGAGUUUGGUUUAUUGGUCUAGUAUGGAUUCAACAUCGUUUCCUUUGAUUUAAGAUUAAUGUCGUUUCCUUUGAUUUAAGAUUAAUGUCUGGAAUUUAUAGCUUUUGCUUUGUUUUAACCUUUUUUUUUGGUCCAUUUUGAACUAUGAUUUGGAGUUGCAAUCAAUUGAAAACAGCAUGUAAUUCAUCUCUUCAAUUGUUUUGUGGUAAGAAAAUGAUAUCAAAAACGUUUUCUAAAUUCCAAGGGUGUGUAGUCUUUGUACGUAAUAUUCA